UGGAUUAGCGCAACUGGCGACGUGGGACGGCCCGGCCCGGCCCCGCGCCCGCCGCCGGCACGGGGAGCGGCACCGGGAGCGGCACCGGGCAGGCCGCCGACAAGACGAGGAGCCCGAGGGCGGCGGCACUCUGGUGCUGCAGUCCCGCCAGCGCGACGCGGUGAGGGGCGGCGGCGCUGGGAGCGCCUUGGCAGGCGGCGAUGGCGCUGCGGGCGCGGGCGUUGUACGACUUCAGGUCGGAGAACCCGGGUGAGAUCUCGCUGCGGGAGCAUGAAGUGCUGAGCCUGUGCAGCGAGCAGGACAUCGAGGGGUGGCUGGAGGGCAUCAACAGCCGCGGAGACCGCGGGCUCUUCCCGGCUUCUUACGUGCAGGUGAUCCGCGCCCCCGCCGCCGAGCCGCCGCCGCCCGCCCGCUACGCAAACGUCCCCGUCGGCGGAUUCGAGCCGCUGCCGCCCCCCGCCGCCUUCAAACCGGCGGCGCAGCAGCCUCCGGCCGAGCCCUUCCCGCCGCCCCCCGCCGGGUAUCCCUUCCCGCCCUACGGCGGCUCCUACCAGCCCAGCCAGGGCAGUGAUGACGACUGGGACGACGACUGGGACGACAGCUCCACGGUGGCCGACGAGCCGGGCGCCCUGGGCAGCUCCUAUCCCGACUAUGAGGCGGCGGGCGGCGGCGCCCCGGGUCGGUACCGCCUGUCCACCCGCUCCGAGCCGUCCCUGGGGCCCCGCGGCGCGGGACACCCACCGGGACACCCGCACCCGCCCGGCGGCAGUGGCGCCGCCAAGAGCUCGGCCACUGUGAGCCGCAAUCUCAAUCGCUUCUCCACCUUCGUCAAGUCCGGUGGAGAGGCCUUCGUGCUUGGCGAGGCGUCGGGCUUCGUGAAGGACGGGGACAAGCUGUGCGUGGUGCUGGGCUCCAGGGGCCCCGAGUGGCAAGAGAACCCGUACCCCUUCCAGUGCUCCAUCGAGGAUCCCACCAAACAGACCAAAUUCAAGGGCAUGAAGAGUUACAUUGCCUACAAGCUGGUGCCCAGCCAUACUGGGCAGCAGGUGCACCGCCGCUACAAGCACUUUGACUGGCUCUAUGGGCGCCUGGCUGAGAAGUUUCCUGUCAUCUCUGUGCCCCACUUGCCAGAGAAGCAAGCCACUGGCCGCUUUGAGGAGGACUUCAUCUCCAAACGUCGCAAAGGCUUGGCCUGGUGGAUGGACCACAUGUGCAGCCACCCCGUGCUGGCUCAGUGUGAUGCCUUCCAGCACUUCCUCACCUGUCCCAGCACGGAUGAGAAGGCCUGGAAACAGGGGAAGCGCAAGGCUGAGAAGGAUGAGAUGGUGGGUGCCAACUUUUUUCUGACCAUCAGUGUCCCCACAGGCCCUGGGGCCAGCCUGGACUUGCAGGAGGUGGAAAGCCAGGUGGAUGGCUUCAAAGCCUUCACCAAGAAAAUGGAUGAGAGUGCCCUGCAACUUAAUCACACAGCCAACGAGUUUGCCCGCAAACAAGUUACUGGUUUCAAGAAGGAGUACCAGAAGGUGGGGCACUCCUUCAAGUGCCUCAGUCAGGCAUUUGAGCUGGACCAGCAGGCCUUUUCAGCUGGCCUCAACCAAGCCAUAGCUUUCACUGCAGAAGCCUAUGAUGCCAUCGGGGACCUCUUUGCAGAUCAGCCUCGGCAGGACCUAGAUCCUGUGAUGGAUUUGUUAGCGCUGUAUCAGGGGCACUUGGCCAACUUUCCAGACAUCAUCCAUGUGCAGAAAGGAGCCCUUACCAAAGUAAAGGAGAGUAAGCGGCACGUGGAAGAGGGGAAGAUGGAGCUCCAAAAAGCUGAGGGCAUUCAAGAACGUUGUAACAUUAUUUCUUUUGCAACCCUUGCAGAAAUUAAUCACUUCCACAAAAUUCGUGUGAGGGACUUUAAAUCACAGAUGCAGCAUUUCUUGCAACAGCAAAUACUCUUUUUUCAAAAAGUGACACAAAAGCUAGAAGAAGCUCUUCACAAGUAUGACAGUGUUUAGUCUCUGAUUUGUGGACUUUACUCAGCAUGAAUGUGACCCAGGCGGCAGAGCAAAUGCUGCUGAAGAGCUGUUGCCAGUGGUAGAUGGCGGUACAAGGAUGGGUUUGUGUUCACCUGGAACCCGGGUUUAAUCUCGGAAUAUGUAGAAAGGAAACAGUUAUAGGGCUAUGUAGUAGAAACAGUACCAUGCAUUGUAACUAAGUUAUACUGUGUAUGCCUACACCAUUGUAACUUUUUUGAAAUAAUGAGUAUACUAUUUGCCUUAUUGCUUUUUGAAAUACGGUAUCUUAGUGCAUACUUCAUAGACCUCAAAGCCCUUUGGGUAUUUAAAGAAGUUGGCUAGAUAAAAGCCUGCUUCGAUGCCUUUUUACUUUCCUAGAUUUGGAUUUCCUAAAUUCAAACGAUUCUGUUUACAGACUCCUACUAGAGCAGCUAAGUGAUUCUGUGCCUUUAGACUCUAUUUUUCCUUUUCUAGUAUGUCACAUUUUUAUGAUUAAAUGAAUGAAGGGUUGAUGCCUAUGAUGGGAACUGAUGAUGAAACCUCACACUGACUGGAAAAAAAUCAGCUGCCAUCCAAUUUGCAUAGCAAGUACUUUCUUAUGACAAAUGUUGGCUCAAAAGGGAAAAGUUAAAUUUAUUCACACUUUCCCUGGAAAUGGAGACUAUGUGUUAUAUGUACUAGGAUGUUAAACACAUGUACAGAAAAUCACCACUUAAUUCCCUUUCUGAAAUAAAUAAUACAGUGAGGGGUGGUUUUUGGGAUUUUUUUUGUAUACAGCAUUACUGUAAGUGGAAAUUUGAAGAGCUAGUCUAAUAAAAAUGCAUAUAUCAAGGGGAUAUUAAUGCAAGCUAUGUGGCUGCAACAUAUUUUUUAAGUUUCAAAUUAUUUGCUCUUUGUUCAGUUGCUGAUUCAGUUUAACUUCAGACUUGCAUCUGCAUUGCCGGUUGUCUGAGAUGAAACUCCACUGUGAUUUAUUAGUUUACUAAGUUAAAAGUUUUUGGGGAUUUUCAGUAGUAUAAAUGAUCUGAAGUCUUGGCUGAACUGACUUGGAAAACAGGUGGUAUUUUUAUGUUUGUAAUGCUCAAGAAUUAACAAUUGUCUUAAUUUUGUAUGAAUAUUUUUGACAAGCAGGGUGCAUUUAUAUAUAUGUAAACACUAUCUUUUGAAGAGGUUAUUUCCCUUGAAUUAAGUCUGAAGGUAUUUCUUACUUAUUGGUUUCCUUCUUAUAGGUCAGUAUGAAAGACAGUUUUUGUUUAUCCUAUCUUUUUUCUCCUAAAAAAAUAACAAAGCUUUGUGAGGAAGCAAAAUGUUUAAUUUUUUGUUUAAUUAAAUUAAUCAAAAAUAGCUUAAACAAGUGAAAGCCUGGAAAAGGAAGUUGAGCACCAGUUUCAGUUAAGUACAAAUCAUUCCUCACCUAUGCAGCAGAAAUGUGCAUUUUUUUCACAUGAUCAUGUGAGUUUCUGUUUAACCCCACACCUCUGUUUUAGAGGAGUAACAUGUAAGAAUGUAGUUUUGAUUCUAAGAUUCAUCCCCAAAUGUUUGGAGAUGGCUGUUUUGCACAAGCUGUGUUUGGUGGGGUUUCUAGUACAUAACUAAAGCAGUAAAAUACAGAAUCAUGAAGAGGGGAAAGCAAGUAAUAAUUUGUAAAAGAAAGGACAAUCAGUGAGGAAGGACUCAAUUUCCAGCCUUUUGAAACAAUUCUGCAAACAGGAUUGACCAUAAAAGGACCACAGUCAUAGGGCUGACUUGCUCUUUACCUUCCUCAUUGUGUCUCAUUCUACAUUCAAAACUCACCACUUCCCCAACAGCUCUUCCCAGAAGUUCUCCUGCUUUCCCAUAUGUCAUUUAAUUAUGUGACGGAGGGAUGAGCUAGGUUGGAGCUGAGUUCCAUGGCUAAUGUUUGCUUAAGCCAGAUACUGUUUUAGUAAAUGUCUUUACAGUAAUUAGAUCAGACUGCAAUCAAACUGAUUUCACAUGGGGGUAUAAAGACCUGUUCAGAUACUGAUCUUGGUUCAGUUGAAGUGUUUUAGGAGGUUAGUAUUAAUGACAUGUUCAUGUCUGGGAGGAAAUUAAGCUGUGAUAUGUAUUCAUACGACAUUAAUCAGACAGGUACAGUUUUCCCUAAUAAACUGUCAUGGC